AUGGAUCAACGCGAACGCACCAGCCGCGCUUCCGGACCACAGACCUUCGAGAUCAUCCGCCAAUACGUAAAUAACGAUACGGACUCGGAUUCGCAGGGAUCAAAGGAACUCUCUGUGCACUCGGAUAACAACAACACGAAUCGUCGGUCGUCGGAGGUUGCUACACAAUCGGAAAACGAUGAUGAAUAUUUGAUGCCGCAGCAUUUUCAAGAACGCCCGGAUCUGGACUCCAAGAUGAAGUGGAGUUUGAGAUUCAUAUUUGAUGCUAUCGAGACCUCGGGAUUA